UGUAUUCUCUGAGCCAUUAAUGCCCUGGUUUCCAACCUGCUGAAAUAGGAGUUGUUAAUGACUUUUUGAGCUAGAUCACCUUUGAGUUAGCUUCCUACAAAUCUAUGGUGCUUUUUACUUGCUCAAAACAUAUGUGGCCAUUUGGCAUUUCUACUUGGCAUAUUCUAUCAUUUAUUCUCUAUUGUAGACUGUAAUUUGUCUCCUUUCUCAUUCAUUGUCAGGUAUUUUCUUGUCACAUUUGUUACCUUUGAUCCUGAUGUGCGCUGGAAAGUUGUUGCACCCAUUUUUCCGCCUCUGCAAGGUCCUGACCAAAGGAACCAGUUGGGUUCUGGACCUCAUGUGAAAAUGGAUGGUCUCGAUUUGGUUCCUUUACCACCUGCUAUUACAUUCCAUGCUGAUCCACAAAAUACACAGAGGAGUCAUCCUCCUGAACAUAUGUAUUCUACAAAUUCAUUAACUGCCAGCAGUACUUCUGGGUCAAAUUUUCAACAACAUUCUCAAACAAGGACCUCAAUGAAUAAAAGGACCAAAGCUGCCAAGGAAUCUGGCACUUCCACCCUGCAGAAUUCUCUUAUGACCAAUGAUACCACUGCUUUGAUCCCGGAUGAUUCUAAUGUGAGUGUUUCAGCUCAACAAGUUAAGAAUACUUCCAAAUUCAAUAAGGCUGUGAAGAAAAACUCAAGGAAGAAGGCAAAAAAGAAGGGAAAACAAUUCAAGAAGCCCUCAUGCAGCACUGACUGUACUGAACCUGAAGCUUUUUGUGAAGAAGGUGUCUGUAGCAGUUCUACUGUCUGUAGCAGUUCUACUUCUGAAUCUUGUGCUAACAAUGACCGGGUUAGUGGGGUUGGAGUGAUUUCCGAGAAUAGGUCGACUGAGAAUGCAAUUACUCCUGUGGUGUCUUUUCAGGAGAUUAGUGUGAAUACAAACAACAGUGAGUACGAUAACAGUGGUCUAUUUAACCAUUCUGCAACAACUAGAGUGUGCUCAUCUUACAUCAGUGAGGUGAAUGAGUCUGAAGCUUUGGUGCCUUUACUACCCCAGGAGUCUACAGGUGAACAUUUACUAGUUAAUCGUGAGAGUCAGAUGAAAGCCACAGAAACACGAUUUUCUACCGACAAUGGGGAAACAGUGGAUACCUGUCUGAAGGGGACCAGCUAUUGUGAGGAUACAUCUUUGGAAGUCUUCUCUGAUAUAAACAGCACUCCUGUAUUGGAUUCAUUUUCUGAUGGUUGGAACAGUGAUUAUAGUACCAAUGGGGGUGAUGUUGAAGAAAAGUCCUGUGUCAGAGAAGUUAGUGCAAGUAGUCCGUCAGAAUCACUUGGGUACAGUAAUAGUGAUAGUUUGUCGCAUAAUGCUAGAAAGGGAUGUCUUUCUCGUGGAAACUCUUCAAAGGGGUCAGUGGAUGCCUAUAAUCUUGCUGAAAGAAUGAAAAGUGGAACUCAGGGCUGUAGCAGCAGUGAUGGGAAUUCAUUUAUACCAGGCAAGAGGGGUCGACAAGAAAGAAAACUAUCUGGGCACAGAUUCAGCAGCAGCAGCGGAUGUUUACAAGGUCGUACAGGAAAAGAAAAUAAUCAUUCUGUUUGGCGGAAGGUCCAGAGGAAUGAUGCAGAUGGACACCUCUGUGAACCGAAGAAUGUGGACUUUGUUGAUUUGCAGUUUGAUAAUGCUUCCAAAGAGGCUCCCUUGCUUAAAAGGGGUUCAAAUGCUUCUGAUUCAGAUAUAUUAAAAUCAGAAGAGAACGAGAACUUAAAGGUCAAGGUUUCUGAAAAGUUGAAAAGAAAACCCAGUGCAUGCUUGAAGCCAGAGUUCAAAUACUAUCCUAGGAACGGACUCAAUGCUUGUAAAAUCACCUCAAAUAGGUCUGCAAAUGUUAAUAUGCAACAGAAGGAUGCAUCAGAUAUCCUAUUUCAGGUGCAGUCAAAUUCUCAUUGUCACUUUGAAUGUGUUAGCACCAACCUUCAAGCAGAUGGAGUUGACUGCAUUCCUCCAGAAAGAAUUCAAACUUCUCAAGAUUGUCCAGAAGAAAUGAACCAAUGUGGAAGUGCCUGUACUAUCAAUGAUCAUGCAGAACAAAACCAAAAUAGUACAUCAUCUAGGAGUAGUGAUUCUGUGGACAAGUCAAAUCUGCUAGAAAUGCAGUCUCCAGUUGACGUUCAGCUUCCAGUAAUUAAUGGACUUGCCAAAUCGGAAACAAAUAAUCCUCCUGAGGAUUACAACAUGCAAGAACAUAGUUCUGGGUCAAUCUUGCAGAAGUGGGUACCUGUUGGGAGGAAAGAUGCUGAGUUAAAGAGCAUGAGGAUACCUGCCAAUGCAUCAGUAUCAGCUCUUGAGGAAUCAGUUACAGAUAAAUGGAAUUCGCAAAGCAGUGUAGGAGAGGAAUUAAGUUCCAGUUGUGAAACUCCUCUUCCUUUAAUGGAUGUUGGUAAUGCAUCUCUUGGGAAGGAUUCUGGGAAUAUUAGUGAUUCACUUUCUGAUGAUGAAGUCGGAAUUCUGAAGCCCAUAAGCCAUAACACUUGCAUAUACAGUGAGCGGAGUAGAAUGCAUGAUGUAGCAAACUGUGUUUCAGCUGAUCUAUACAAAGACUGUAGGAGUUCUGCAUUGAAGACUGAUUCACUUAAGAUAAUGCAAGCAGUAAAAGAUGCCUAUAGGUUACAAUUAGCUUCUGAAGCUGUUCAAUUUGCUACUGGUAGUCCUCUUGCGGAGUUUGAGAAACUUCUUCAUUCUGCUUCCCCAGUCAUUGCCCAGAGAUACAGCAUUCAGCAAUGUCAGACUUGCUUGCUAGAGCGCGUUGGUGCUUCCCUGUGCAAGCAUCAAAUGCCAAAUGUGUCUUUGGGAGGCCUUUGGCAGUGGUAUGAGAAGCAUGGGAACUAUGGUUUGGAAGUUAAGGGAGAGGACUAUCUGAACUCAAAGAGAUUGGGUAUUGAUCGUUUUGAGUUCCGUGCCUAUUUUGUUCCAUAUUUGUCAGCAGUUCAGUUGUUUAGUAAAUGUAGGAAUCAUCCGAUGAAUAAUAGCACUGGGAUUUCCUCUCCUGAGGUCUCUGAAGCUUGUGAAAUGAAUGAAGCAUCAGAAAGUUCCUCAAAUAUAGGCCAACAUCCGAUUUUUUCAGUACUUAUACCUGAACCUUACAGACAGGACGACAAAUGCUCAUCACAACCUGUGAGUCUAUCAUGUCUGUCAGAGUCUUCGUCAACACAUAUCAGAGAUUUGUUAAAUGAUCAUUCAUUUGGUUCUGCAUGCUGUGAUGAUCCUGAGCUCCUUUUUGAAUAUUUUGAAUCCGAGCAACCUCAACAAAGACAGCCAUUGUUUGAGAGGGUAAAAGAGUUGGUCAGAGGUGGAACUUCAAAUUGCCGAGCUUAUGGAGAUCCAACAAUGCUAAACUCCUUGGGUCUGCAUGAUCUGCACCCCUCUUCUUGGUAUUCUGUUGCUUGGUAUCCUAUUUAUAGGAUACCAGAUGGUAAUUUUCGUGCUGCUUUCUUGACUUACCAUUCACUUGGCCAUUUGGUUAGCAGAAGUGCCUCAUCUGAUUCGUUUGGUGGGGAUAAUUGUAUAGUUUCUCCUGUUGUGGGUCUUCAAAGUUACAAUGCUCAGGUACAUAUGAUUUUGUGCACUUUUCCGCUCAUGUCCUGAAUCAAUUACCUGCAGAUUAAUUAUCGUCAUGGUGUUGGAGAUGCUCCUAACAUCAUUGUUUCUUUUGAAAACAUUGCAUUGAUUAACCUGUCAAAUCCUAAGAAUUUGUUUUGAUA